GCAACAUGAUCUCAUUCAUUUGGGGACUGGCCUGUCUCAUCGUAAGCGUCUUGAAUCCGGGAACUCUGGGAUCACAGUUUGGACCACACCACCGGCAGACCCUCCCAAAGGUGUCACCACAGGUGUCCCCAAGGGUUCAUGGCAGCUUUGAAGACAUCAGAUCUACUGAACAAGCCUCCGAUGAAGUACGAAGCACCGAAAUUUCCCAGGAGGUCCGGAAGAGAGAUGAGAUGCAGCAGGAUGCACAGACCAGUAGUAAUAACUACUUAGCACAGCAACCACGGAACCUCAUCUCAGCAAUAACAUCAUCAUCAAACUGCAGGAAUCGUCCAAUAGAUUUGGUUUUCAUCGUCGACAGCUCUCGCAGCGUGCGGCCUGCUGAGUUUGAAAAGGCCAAGGAGUUCCUGAUAGACAUGGUGGACACCCUGGAGAUCGGCUCAGAUGCCACCCGAGUGGGCCUCGUCAAUUAUGCCAGCACAGUAAAGAUUGAGUUUCAUUUGAAUACGUAUUUUGACAAGCAUGCCUUAAAGCAGGCAUUGGCCCGUGUUCAGCCUCUAGCUUCUGGCACCAUGACAGGUGUAGCCAUUAAGGCUGCCAUGGACAAAGCUUUUAUUGCCGAGGCAGGUGCCCGAACCAGCUCCAUGAAAAUUGCCAAAGUAGCCAUCAUAGUGACUGAUGGGAGACCGCAGGACCAGGUGGAAGAGGUAUCAGCAGCAGCCCGGGCAUCCGGCAUUGAAAUCUAUGCAGUGGGAGUAGACAGAGCAGAUCUGAUGUCCCUCCGCCUCAUGGCCAGCCAGCCUCUAGAAGAUCACGUCUUCUACGUGGAGACGUAUGGUGUCAUAGAGAAGCUCACUGGAAAAUUUAGGGAAACCUUAUGUGGUAAGGAUGAUCUGGAGAGUGUGGAUAUUCCAUUUGGUGGUGUCGGAAUAGCACAAACUGGCAGGAAAGACGGUUAUGGGAUAAAAAAUGAAACUGACAAAAAGAGAAAAAGCGGAGUGGAUGCAUGCGCUCGCGGGCAUAAUUGCCAGCACGUCUGUGUCAACAAUGGUAACUCCUACAGCUGUCAGUGUUGGGCUGGCUAUGUCUUGAACGCGGACAAGAGGACGUGCUCACGUCAAGAUGCAUGUGCCCGGGGACAUGACUGCCAACAUAUUUGUGUUAACAGUGGUGACUCUUACGUCUGCAAAUGUGGAAUGGGAUACAUCCUGAAUGCAGACCAGAAAACAUGCUCACGUUCAGAUCCAUGUGCCGCUGGACAUGAGUGCCAGCACAUAUGUAUUGACAAUGGAGACUCUUACAUCUGCAAAUGUCAUCCAGGAUAUGCAUUACAUCCAGACAAAAAAUCAUGCUCACGUAUAGUGGCAGAUGCAUGUGCCAGAGGUAAUGACUGCCAGCAAAUCUGUGUCAAUAAUGGAAACUCCUAUUACUGCAGAUGUCAAGUAGGAUACAUACUGAAUGUGGAUCAGAAAACAUGCUCACGUGCGGAUGCUUGUGCUCUUGGACACAACUGCCAGCAUACUUGUGUCAACAGCGGAGAGUCAUACAUUUGCAAGUGUCGUACGGGAUAUAAUUUGAAUGCAGAUCAGAGAACGUGCUCACGUGUGGAUGCUUGUACUCUUGGACACAACUGCCAGCAUAUGUGCAUCAACAGCGGCGAUUCGUACAUUUGCAAGUGUCGUGCGGGAUAUAUUUUGAAUGCAGAUAAGAGAACUUGCUCACUCAUGAGGAAGUGAGCAGUUGCCUGAAUCCAUGACCACAGUGUCCAACGUCAUCUUCAGAUGGUCAUUUAUGGAUGUUUUAUCACUGCUCCAUAUAUGAGUGGACACUAGGAUAUUUGUGGUGUGACCUCAUGAAGGAAGCUUGGUUAGGUUUAGCAUUGGAUUAACCUUUGUAUUUUGCUAGCAAUAUGUUAACAUAUGCGAUGAACUGCAUCUUUGAAUCAUCUUACAGUAAAUCAUUAUUAUUAACAUGCAGUAGCUAUUCACACUUGACCGCGGUGUAGCUCCUUGUCUGCAAAUUGAACGUACAUACAGUAUUUGUAAUCUAAUGGACAAAGACAAAUGAUUGUGUCUUACCAGUUCUAUCAGUAUGAUUUUUUUAACACAUGGAACAAUUGCUGAUAACUCUUGAUUUGUCAGUUCAGCUCCAUAAUCUUUACACAGGCUUAAAAGGAAUUGGGUUGUGUCAUGUGCGCCCCUAUAACGCAGCUGCACAAGGUAUUACAAGACAACACAGCUUUGACUGCUCAUGAUUUUCUAAUUCUUUCAGAGGAAAUGAGAAGUGAAAUAACGCAAGAUGCCUGCAAGUGUGAAGCUCAGAUUCUGUUCCAGAAAAAAGUGCAGUCAACCAUUCAAGACU